AUGGAGUAUUUUUCUGAAAACCGUUUUGGGGAGGCUGUUUUUAAAUUGAAUUGGAUCUGGAUUUUAGCAGAAAUUCCUAUGUUUUCUAGUUAUGUUUUGAAUGUUUGUAUGUCUUUUAUCAUAACUCCUGUCGUCUUCAGACUGCCUGUAAAGGUUCCUUAUGGAGAUUUGAUUUCUUGCUGCAAGCGGGCUGGUGUGGCCAUCGGGAGAUUGUGUGAAAAACGUGAUGGCAAAUGUGUGAUCUAUGAAUCCUACGUGUGCCCCUGCACCCUGGUGUGCAUAUAUGAUGAAUGUAAUUACGGCUCUUACCAGGGACGCUGUGUGAUUUGCAGAGGCCCUGGAAUCUCUGAUGCCUAUUAUUGUAAGGAAUGCACCAUCCAGGAGAAAGAUCACGAUGGUUGUCCAAAGAUUGUCAAAUUGGGGAGUUCUAAGACUGAACUCUUCUAUGAACGCAAGAAAUAUGGCUUCAAAAAGAGGUGA